AUGGCUUUGGAUUGGAUCGUCCUUAUUUUCUGCUGCUUUGGCCAGUUGAGUGCCCAGUCAUUCAACAUUACUCAUCCCAAUGACUUGGAGUUGGAGGACAGAUUACUUCGAGUGCUAUUGCGACUGAAUUUGGAAGAGGAGUAUAACACUCUGCUGGUCUACGGAGAAGAAUGUGUGUUCCAUUCGCUACUAAGGCGCCUGGGGGCUCCCACAGUGAUUGUAGAGUCAGGGAGUACCAAUUAUGAUUGGGCCUUCAGCACCUCGACCCUCAUACUGACCUGUGGAUCCGAUGCAGAGAGGGAGGAGAAUUCGAAAACACUACUGAAGUUGCAGAGUACCAGACGACUUAUCUACCUACAGGAAAAUACCCAACCAGAGGCCAUUUGUACCAAGUACUCCCAGAAGGAGCAACACAACAUUGCCAUGGUUAAGCCUAGCUUUUAUCUGUCGGAUACCAUCUAUUCCUGUCGCUACUUUCAGACACCCAACUACGAAGAAGAACACUUCUUUGCGGACCAACCCAUCUACAUCGAGAACUUUCAGAACAUGCGUGGCACUGCGAUCAGAACGGUGUCAGAUCUCCUGGUGCCUCGCAACAUGGCUUAUCGAGACAAGAGGACUGGCGAAACCAAGAUGCUGGGCUAUGUGUCCCACAUGAUGAACACCUACGCCCAGAAGCUGAAUGCCAAACUGCAGCAUGUAAGCAUUCCGGAGCUAGGGGUUGAGAAUGCCAUUGUAAAGGAAAUUAUGAACUGGGCAAGGGAGGAUAUUCUGGAUAUAGGCACCGCCAUGGUCAGUUCCUUGCAGUUUAGUAAUAUGGACAACGCGGGGUAUCCCUACUUGCUGACCGGCUACUGUCUGAUGGUUCCAGUGCCCGCCAAGCUGCCCUACAACGUGGUGUACUCGAUGAUAGUGGAUCCACUGGUGCUCUGCAUUAUCUUCCUUCUGAUGUGUGCAUUCUCUGUUCUGAUAGUCUACACCCAAAACCUCUCCUGGCGCAACCUCACCCUGGCCAACGUCCUUUUGAAUGACAGAAGCCUUCGAGGACUUUUGGGACAGUCGUUUCCAUUUCCCCCCAAUCCCAACAAGCACCUUAAGCUGGUCAUUUUCGUGCUGUGCUUCGCCAGCGUCAUGAUCACCACCAUGUACGAGGCCUACCUACAAUCCUACUUCACUCGCCCUCCGUCCGAACCGUCCAUUCGGUCCUUCCGCGACAUUGGAAACUUUUCGCAAAAGUUGGCUAUUAGCAGGAUCGAAGUAAAUAUCCUUAUCUCCCUGAACAACUCUCAUUUUCGGGAGAUCAGCAAGGAUCACCUGCUGAUCUACGACGACUGGUCGAAAUACCUGGACCUGCGUGACUCCUUCAACACAAGUUUUAUAUAUCCGGUUUCUGUGGAUCGAUGGACUGGCUACGAGGAGCAACAGAAGUUUUUCGCCGAGCCCACCUUUUAUCUGGCCUCCGAUCUGUGUUUCAAUCAGCUCAUUUUCUUCAGUAUCCCAUUGAGACGAUAUCUGCCCCAUCGACACCUUUUCGAGGACCACAUGAUGCGACAGCACGAGUUCGGCUUGGUGGCGUUCUGGAAGAGCCAGAGCUUCUUUGAAAUGGUUAAGCUGGGCCUGGCAUCCAUGAAGGACCUGAGUCACAAAAGAAGUGUUGAGGAAAGCCUAAAGCUGGACGAUAUUUCCUGGAUACUAAAGCUUUAUUUGGGAGCCAUCGGACUGAGUAUUUGCUGCUUCAUACUGGAGAUAUCGCGUUGCGGCGAGAGGCUCAAUCGGCUGUGGAGGCAUUGGAGAUAUUAG